AUGGCCGAUGACCGUCAAAGGACCAUUAUCAAAAUCUUCCGGAAGUUUAGCAACUCUCUUGGACCAGAUGCUUUAUUUGAAGUGGAAAGGAUCAUUGAGGAUGCUGAAAUAGAGGACGAAGAGAUAGAAUCAAGCAUGGAGAUGCUAGCUAAGGCGUACAAUAAACAAGACGAUGCAACUAUGAAAGUUUCUGUUGAAAUUCUUAGGAGAGUGUACGAAUCACUCAAAGACCAAGGCGACGGAACAAAAGCUGAAAAAGAAUUGAUUGACCCAGACAAGCAUAUCUUCUUCAUUGAUGCCUUUGAAAUGCCUCGGUGGAUAUGGUCAACAGAACGAGGUACCUUUGAAAGACAUUCCAGCCCAUUGACCUCUGCAGGAUCGCCAGAAACGAGAGUCGCGUCCAUACGAGAUAGGCUCAACAUCAUCAAGCAAUGCGUCCUGAGAAACGAACAUUUUGCUCCGUCAACCUUGCCUUCCCGAGACCGCGAAAGGCUCGUAACUUUGAAAUCCACUAAACAAUUACUGGGACGCGCUGGCGAACGUUUUCUUCUGCUGGGGAUGUUGACGUACAAUAAAGAAGGUAAAAUAUGCUUGGAGGAUUUAGAUGGCUUUGUGGUGCUUGAUUUUUCGACCCUGGAUGAGCCCGGGGAUGGAUUGUUCAGUGAAGGGUGCUUUGCUCUGGUUGAAGGAGAAUAUACAGAAGAUGCCACUUUAGAGAUAAUUGCAAUAGGCCAACCGCCUUGUGAACCUCGUGAGGUUGCAAGGUCAAUAUACGGUCAUAUCGACUUUCUCGGAAAAGGUUCCACUUCAUUACUCGAAGACUCACAAUUCAGAAUUCGUGUAAGGGAAGAAAUACCGGAAUUAAACUUCUUCUUCCUUUCAGAUGUUUGGUUAGACCAUCCACAGACGCUCCUCGGAAUUCAAAAAAUGUUCGAUAAUUGCAUUGAAAAUGAUUUCAUUCCACAAGUUAUCGUAAUGUGUGGUAAUUUCACAAGUAAAUCAAUCGCACAUGGAAACGGAAGAGACGUUCAGAGAUAUCAAGAUAAUUUUGAUUCAUUAGCAGACUUAAUUGCGGCAUACCCAUCAAUAACGCGAACUACCCACUUUGUUUUCGUUCCAGGACCGUUGGACAUCACUGUAAAUUCUACUCUGCCUCGGCGGCCUUUGCUAUCUAGCUUUACCGGCCGGCUGAGAACAAAAUUAUCCAAAGUACAUUUCGCAAGCAACCCAUGUCGCAUAAAGUUUUUUGACCAAGAGAUCGUCAUUUUCCGGGAAGAUCUAAUGGCAAGGAUGUUACGAAAUGUCGUGGGCGUCAAACCGGAGGCAAAAAGUGAAGAUUUGAAACGAUUUUUGGUACAAUCCAUUCUCGAUCAAAGUCAUUUGAGCCCGUUUACUAUCAAUAUUCAGCCCGUACUAUCAGAUUAUGACCACAGUCUUCGCUUAUAUCCACUACCAACCGCGCUUAUCCUGGCCGAUAAGUAUGACAGUUAUAAGGUGACUUAUACUGGAUGUCAUGUCUUCAAUCCUGGAAGUUUUAUCGGGAAGUCUUUGACACUUUCUACGUAUACCCCCGCUGAGGUUAACUCUGAGGAAUGUGUGCUUGCCCUGGACGAUGAGGAUUAA